AUGUUCGCUCAGCAUGUCCAGUUCCACGUCCGUGACCGAGACAGCCCCCACGCCAUCUACAUCAAGCUCGAUAAAGACGUGAAGUACCCAAUAUCGGGCUUUCCUCAGACAAUGUCGUGGUUCUGCAAGCAACAGGGCCUGUUCGACGCGUUCUCCUUGGGCCCCUCAGAACGUGAGCGGUGUGUUUGCGAUCGUUUGCCAGAGCUCCCCAAAUUGGAUGACCGAAAGCGGAGGGCUUCAUCUCAACAGCUUCCGACACAAGCCUUCAAUCACCGCAAAGCGAGAAAGCUAACGCACGACGAGCUCAGUCCUACUCCUGAUGCGGACUGCAGUGGGGCGUGUGCAGGUCUCGAGGAAUGA